GAGUGGGUAAACUUAAACCCCGACUUAGUCGCAGCCAAACACGAAUCAGAAAUUUAUCAGUCUCUUUAUCAAGAAACAAAAAAAACGUGUCCAUCUAUCACGGCCGGAGCGAUCUCGCCGGAGUGACCCCAAUCGCAUCUCGGCGACAAUUCCGUCAAUUAAUCCCAAUGAAAUUCCUCUUGUUAUCUUGGCAUUAACACACGUACGAGUGGUAAGUGCGGACGUGUUUUGUUGACGACAGAGACAUGGUAGAAGACGAAAUUCCGCACUUAUCAAUAACGGUAGACGAUAAGGACAUCAACGCCGGCGCCCUCGACGUGCUGCAGGAGAUCCGACCCCUGUGGAGGAAGGAGGACGUCGAGCUUAAGCUGUUGACAGAUGGGAUCACGAACAAACUGGUGGGAUGCCGCCACAAGGACGAGGACGAGGCAGAAACGGUGCUAGUGCGAAUUUAUGGUAACAAAACUGACCUUCUGAUCGACCGCAAGGCCGAGACCAGGAACAUCCUUCUCCUGAGCAAGCUAGGCUUGGCACCUCACCUGUACGCCACUUUCCAAAACGGCCUAGCUUACCAAUUCGUUCCAGGAUGCACUUUAACACACCAAACCGUCACCGAAGAGCACAUUUAUCGGCUCGUGGCGACCCGAAUGGCCAGACUGCACAAAGUCCAAGUACCAAAUCAACACACCCCUCGCCCUUUCAUCUGGAACAAAGUCCAGAGCUUUCUCGAUUUGGUCCCUGACGUUUUUACCGAUACCAACAAACACACCAGGUACAUAAUAAUAAUAUAUAAAAACGCAUCCUCAAACUUCCAAAUUUAUAGAUUCCAAGGGCUUAAAAUACCGAAAGCGCUACUUCAAGCCGAACUCCACUAUCUAAAGAGAGUUCUAGACGAGCCGGGACUUCCGGUGGUGUUCUGUCACAACGACUUGCUGUUAGGCAAUGUGGUGUACACGCAGGAGAAGAACUGCGUUACGUUCAUCGACUACGAGUACGCCGCUUUUAAUUACCAGGCCUUCGACAUCGCGAACCACUUCCUGGAGUUCGCGGGGGUCGAGGACGCGGACUUCAGCAGGUAUCCGAGCGAGGAGUUGCAGAGGAACUGGCUGUGUAUCUACCUUGAGGAGUUCAAGGGCAACUUCGGGGCUGAAGAUAUAGACAGGUUGUUGCGGGAAGUGAACAGGUUUGUGUUGGUGAGUCACCUGUUCUGGGGGAUUUGGGCGCUGAUUCAGACCGAGCAUUCGUACAUAGAUUUUGAUUUUUUGGGGUAUGCGGCUGUGAGAUUUGAAGAAUAUUUUACGAGGAAAGAAGAGCUGACGUCGUCCGGGAAACUUCCGAGAUGAUGGCGGUGGAGGGGGUUGGAGUUUGUAUUAGGGUUUUGUAAAUCUCGUUUAAAUAAAGAGUUAUUUUUA